AUGGGAAUGCCCUGGGAGUACAAUGACAGAAGACGUUGUUCAGUUAAAUUUACAUAUGAAAACGUCAAACGAUUUCUGGACAAUAAUAAUUUAUCGAUGGUUAUCAGGGCACACGAGGUGCAGGAAAACGGAUACAGACUUAUGAAAAGCUACAAGGGGUAUCCCAGUGUUGUUACAGUGUUUAGUGCACCAUCGUACUGCGAUGCAUACCAAAAUGAUGGGGCAUAUAUUGAGUUUGAUAUGGGAAUAGUCGCAAUCAACAGUUAUAAGGCCGUGGGUCAUCCGUUUGUUAUUAAUGGAUUUUUCGACGCAGUGAAUUGGAGCUUGCCGUUUGUUUCUGAGAAGUUAGUAGAGUUUACCUUAUCCAUAUUUGCCGAACUGGAUAAGAAGGAUACUCUGGACAUGACAGAUGUACUUGUGUCUGGAAUGGUGCUGAUGAGAACAGAAAGGGAGGCUAUAGACGAGUUUGAGAAGGAUGAAUCUCUGGAGUGUGGGCUGUUGUCAACGAUAGAGGACGACAUGGAGUUCAAUGAGGCUAAGGAAAAGGAUGCCGAAAACGAAAUGAUGAAAAAUAAAGAGGAACCAUCAGAAAUUACAGUUGAGGUGUCGCCCUCGAUGCAGAAUGAAAGCCUUGGAGAUGUUUCUAAAGAGAUAAGUAAGUUAGAUGCAAAAAGAACUGAAGAAGUAGUGAACAAGAUUGAGGUUGUUGAAGAGUCUGACAGGGAGAGAAUAAGAGUGAAAAAGAAAAAGAGCACGUCCAGCGGCAUGUGUAGACUUCUAUGUGGAAAAUAG